AUGGGCAGUGCAGCUUUUGUUUCGCACCAAUGGGUUGGUAAAAGCCAUCCGGAUCCCGAGUUCAAACAGUUGCGAGUACUACAAGAUGCUAUCCAUCAUAUGUUGUCCAACAUGAAGCAUAUCCCGCUGGACCAGCUCACAGAGUCACUUGUGCCGGGAUCAACGUCGCUUGACUUAAAGGCCAUGAAGGCGCGACCACUCUUCAUAUGGUAUGAUUACUUCUCCUGUCCGCAGCUCGAGUCUCAUAUCCCCGACCGGGUGGUCCACCAGAUGAGCAAUCUCGACCAGGCCAUCAGUAGCAUCCCAGCCUACGUUUCCAGAAGUACUUUCUUCUUUGCCCUUUGUCCGGUCGUUGACAGCGAAAGUCAGGACAAGGUUUUCACGCAAGGCACCUGGGCAAGCCGUGGCUGGUGCAAAUUCGAGGCAGCAUGCCGGGAGUUGUCUCCCGAUUCUUCGUGGAUUUUGAUCAAAAGCCGCACAGACGUGACUCUCAUUGCUACACCAUUAGCAUCCAUUGCGCAAUCGCCAGGCGAGGGUGCCUUCACGGUUGAACUGGACAGGCGACUGCUGGCACCCAUCAUGCUGCAAGCCAUCAGGCGCAAACUGCAUUUCUGCUUGAGGAGAGAAGACUUCGUCAGCUACCGCGUUCUUCUGAGUCUUCAGAAGGUUCAUCUGCGAGGCUUCCAAACGAAGCCACUGGUGAAUCUGAUUCCUGGUUACUCAGCACCGGAGUUGGCAGUCUCGGAGUCUGCCCGAUCAGUGUCCCACUUUCUGUACCAAUACGGCUUUUCGUCUGUUAGGGCCGUGGACAGUCAGGGAUGGGCGCCCCUACACUAUGCAGCUCUGGCCGGGGACGCAACUUUGAUUGGAGACUUAUUGGAGCAGCGUGUUGACCUGAACUGUGUCACGAAGAAGGAUCAGCAUCUUGCAGGGAUGCCUCCUUUUGCAUCGGCACUUGUCAUCUCUGCUUCCUUCAACCACAACGAGUCUGUCCGCCUGCUGCUUUCCUGCAAGGCCCGUCCCGGGGGCCUCUUGCAGCCGGCGAUGGUCAUGGCAGCGCUGGCAAACAACGCAGCGGCUAUUCGUAUGUUGUGCGAGUCGGGCUGCAGUCCCAACACCAAGGACGUCUUGGGCUUCUCUGCUUUCGAAGCUGCCUGUGGUUUUGGCAACUUGGACGCCGCAAGGGAGAUCAUCCGACAGGGAGGUGAUACAGUCGAUAUAUCUCGUGGGCUGUAUUGCGGCAUGACCAACAGAGGUGGGACAGCCGAGCUUGUGGAGUUUCUGCUCAGUCUUCGUGCUGAUGUUAAUCACCAGUUUCGGCUGUCGUCGAUGACUUGCAUGGGCAGAUUACUAGUUGCAGGCAAGACGCUUCAACACAGAUUUGGCAAGCAAACAAUGGGAAGCAAAGCAUCCUAUCAUGGCCAGGAUGUGACGCCUCUCAUGGUAGCAGUGAUGUCUGGGCAGUAUGAGGGGGCCGCUGCGCUCCUGGCAGCAGGAGCCCGCACGGAUCUUCGCAACUCACGCAAGAAGACCGUCGCCGACUUCGCCGAGGAGCAAGCCUUGCCUCGAUUCUUGCAAGAUGCCCUCGAGGACGGGCUAAACCGGGUAGAUGUCCAGCGAAUAGCUUCAGCUGCUCUGGCGAAUAGCUACUUCGAGGUAUAA